AUGCAGGCUUUCGGAACAGCAUCGCCAAUAUGCCUGUCGUCAAACACCCCGAAACAAACAAUAACGAAUCCAACGAUACCUUAUGCUGGUACCAUCCUGGGCGGACUUGAGCCCGGAGAGAUGGUGCUCAUACAGGGCAGUGUACCCAGCGACGCGGACAGAUUUCAGGUUGACCUGACCUGCGGGAGCAGCACGAAGCCUCGGGCAGACGUGGCCUUUCACUUUAAUCCUCGCUUCAAGCGCUCUCCCUACAUCGUCUGUAACACACUGCAGAAGGAGAGCUGGGGAAAAGAGGAAAUCCACAACCUGAUGCCCUUCAGACACGGCGCUGCCUUCGAGAUCAUCAUACUUGUGCAGGAGAGAUUUUACAUGUGUGCAGUAAACGGCUCUCACCUGCUAGAGUACAGGCACAGGUUAGAGCUCAAGAAGGUGGACACGAUGGCCAUAUCAGGGAAGGUUCAGAUUCAAGCCAUCGGGUUUAUUCCCAGUUCAAUAAGCAAGAGCUCCGUAACACCUUCAAAUGCAGUUGCAAGCAAAAGAACACAGGCUUAUUCAGUCAUGUCGGAGUCAGGUGACACGAGUCUUCCAUUUAAGAGCAAACUUGUGAAAGGAUUGAGUCCAGGAGACUCCAUUAUGGUGAAGGGGCAGAUCACUGGUUCCCCGGAGAGUUAUCCCCACAGUUUCGCUGUAAACCUGCGCAUCAGUAACUCACAGGACAUUGCUUUACACUUAAACCCUCGUUUCAAAACUGGUUCCUUCAUUCGAAACUCUUUCCUGUCUGGUUGUUGGGGAGCUGAGGAGACUUCCCUCCCCAGCUUUCCCUUCUCACCCGGUCAAUACUUUGAGAUGAUCAUCCUGUGUGAAGCUCAGGAUUUUAAAGUGGCAGUAAACGGGCUCCACCAGCUGAGUUACAAGCAUCGUGUGCAGGAUCUAAGUUGUGUGGAUGUGAUCGAGAUUGUGGGAGAUGUAGAGCUCAAGGAUGUCAAGAUUUGGUGAGCAGCUCCAGCCUGAAGACCUUUCCUGCGUUUUCUCCAACCAAGUAUAUUUAAUCAACCUGAGACUCCUGUGACUGAAGCAAAUCUAAAGUAUUUUAACUAACUUAUUCAAGUUAUAAUUUGAAUUUGGACUAAAAAUGCUAGGCCUGGUGUGUUUGUGUUUUUAUGCCAUUAUCACUGGCAGGUCCAAUCCGGCUGAACAUUAUACUCCUCAACCACAUUGUCGAACAAUUAGCACAUUUGAACUUUUAUUCUUUGUUUUGUUUGAAGUGCUUGUUUAAGUGUUGAAUUUCAGCUCUAAUUAUAAUCUUGAUAAGGUGUGUGAUUUGAAUGACAAGUUCCACUGCAUAGGCAGGAAGAAGUUAACUGCCCAUGACUAAGAUAAACCCCAUCUGCUGAAUAUUAGUUGAGGAGAUCUGGAGAUGAUCUCAACUUGAGCCUGAAUGAGGUGGAGACGAUUCCACGAAAACUGAACAU